AUGCCAACCAUUUCAGCCACUGCAUUGAACAAGAUCGCCAAGGACAAGUCUAAAAAACUUGCCGAGUUCUUCGAAAUGGAGCCCAUUCACGUUGAUGUGAAGGAUCCUCGCACCAAGAAGAUCAAGCCUCACGCUCAGGGUGAGCACUUGCUUUACCUGUGGGACGAAAUCUAUGGAAAUGAUCCUGUGAUGAAGUCCAUCAUUGUGGAGACUGUCACUGGUCCUUCCACUCCGGAUAUGGAUUAUUACGAUGACCCUGUCAAGGGAAACCCAGCCAUGCCUUACCAACAGAUCCGUGCCUUGAUUGGUGACGGUGGUAAAUGGAAGUGGCCCGAGAUUUAUAAGAACCUUGAUCUCCUUCCCCGCCGUGGUCCUGCCUGGCGUCACAUUGAUGACCCUUCCAACUUGGGAAAGAUUGAAAAUCCUAACCCAGACAUUGUUCCCCUCAAGUGUUUGGUCGUUGGUGGAGGACCCGUUGGUAUCCGUCUUGCCAUUGAACUUGCCUUGGGAGGUCACCGCGUCCAACUGUGGGAAAAGCGUCGAGAGAUUAUCGAUGAAGCCACUGGUCUAUUCAAGUCGGUCGGUUUCACCAAUCGUGUCAACCGUCCUCACAUUAACAACUUUUGCCGUAAUGACUUGGAUCGUCUCAAUGGAAGAAACUUUAUGACCCCCAAGAUGUGUUACCCCGUCUUUACCAAUGCUCACACUUCGUCUAUUGGUAUUGAUGAAGCUCAGAUGCUUCUCAUGAAGACUGCUCUGAUGAUUGGUGUUGACUUCCGUCUAGGUGUCGGAUACGAUGGAGCUGACAUUGAAGUGGAUGAAACUACUUCUCGUCCCCACUGGAACGUCGAAUAUUCCUGCGAUGAAAUGGCCCAAAAGCGUUACGGUAUGGAAGCUUCUGGCAUUGAACGAUUCGACGCUCACUUUGGGUGCGAUGGAGGACGAUCUCGUGUCCGCUCUGCCCAAGUCGACUGGUUGGGAGAACCCAAGACCCGUCAAUACAAGAAGAUGUUUGGUAUCGUUUCUAACCUACGCAAGGUUAGCAAGGCUAAGCUUCGCGAACUCGGCUACACCGAUGGUCUUGAACCAGAAGAUCGUGCCGGACAAACCACGGGAGUUUUCUUCUACAAGGCUUCCUACCAUAACUACUUUAUUUGCCAUCCUUCCGCCAAAGAAAUGGAAGAGAACAAUAUCCCAUGGAAGGGUAUCUUUGCAUUUGACAAGGCCGGUGGUGAGAAGAAUCAAGAGAAGACUGACAUGAAGAAUAACUUGAAGAAAUUCAUGACCAAGACGGCCAAAAAGCUCAAUAUCCCCAUUGACGAGACCCUCGAAAACGACGGAUUUGUAGCCGCGCCCAAUGACGUCAUGGGUUUCGAUUUCUCAGAGUUUUACAACUGUGAGAAGAAUGCUGCUGCCUUUGUUCCACCAUUGGAUUGGAACGUGGAGCGCGACGGAGAAUGGGAAAUUCACUGUCCUCUUGUCGCUCUUUGUGGAGAUGCUGUGGCUGAUCCUAACUGGCUAUUGGGCGUUGGUCUUCGUCGUGGAUGGACCUCUGCUAUGGAUGCCUGCUUCUUUGCCGAUAAUCUCUACAACAACAAGUCCUUCAAUGGAAAGCCUCCAAGUCUCGAAGAACCAAUCACCGAACCCAUCGAGUGGUCGGAACACAUGGAUAACAUUAUGAACCUGAUGCAAAAGGUCGGAAAUGCUUCACGAGAAGGAAAGCUCUCUGAAGAGAUGGACACUGGUAUGCUUGCUGAAAAGGGACCUGUUGUGACCCAAAUUCGAAAGAAACUCAAGUCCAACAAGGUCGAAGCUCCUGUUCCACCGUAUCAAAUCCCAGUCAGUCCUUUCUUCCGAUACAAGGAGUUUCAACUCGUUGUCAACCAGAGCUAUUCCGGAAAGAAUGUCAAUAUCAACGAGCACCCCUGGACCACUCGUGAAAUUGCCAUCUGGGAGCACAACAACAAGUACGUCGAACGUGGUGAUGCCAUCAAGCGCAAGGUUACUCGUCCUACUGCUGCCAUGUUGACCUGGCCAAAGCGCUUUGAGUGCUCUGCUUUCUGGGGAAUGAUGAAGUUGCUGGCCGUGGAUGGCAAGUCUGCCCCUGGUGUCGGCUCUGUGCCCGGUGCCAAGCCAGCUGCCGCUCCAAAAGACGUGGCUCCACCAGAAAUCCAGAGGCCCAAGCUUGAUACGUCCGAGGUUUACUCCCGAGCAAGUUUCAAGCAAAACAGUCUUCGUGAGAGCUUGGUCGAAGCAGCCAUGUCUGGUCCGCAUGAUACUCCUGGUUCUGGCCGAAACGCCGGUAUCUCCAAUCUUUUGGGUAAAUUCCAACAGCCGAGUCCUCGUUCGCUUGCUCAACAAGCAGCAAAUGCUAGGCCGAAAGUGGGAAAGCUCAAUAUGGAUAACCAAAAUGUACCACUCCCAGUUCAAUUCCGCAAGGCCCCAGCACCAGCUCCUGCUGCCCCAUUCUCGCCAGCUGAUAUGAAGGCAAUCAAGCGCCUAUCUACUCAGUUGGCAGACAAUAAAGGUUUGGCUGCCCCACCACUUGCCGGGGCAGUUGACAGCGGCCUCAUGUCCGAAUUGAAUGUUACUCGUUUGAACGCGGAGCAAGACGUCCUCAAGGCAAGACUACAGUUUGCCAAGGCUGAAGUUGCCAAGGUCCAAGCCGAACGGGCAGCUGCUGAUGCCAAAUUGGAGUAUGCCAAUGCUGAAUUGCAAGCGACACAGUCAUUGCUAGCAGCUUACAAGGACAUGGCAGACGCAAUGUCGGGCAAUUAA